AAAGCAUCAAAAUACAGACAGUUCCUUCGCUGCAAGUGCAAUUGCGCUUUCUGUCUCUCCGUGAGCCUAGUCUUGCCUGAUCCGUCCAGCUGAAGAAGCUCCAUCAGCCUUACUGCACAGUCGUAGUCGUCGUCGUGCAUUGCCAUUUAGCUGUAUCUUUGCGGGGGUUCUCGAGCUUGGCAUCCUCCUCCUCCGGGUCCCUCGGAUGGUCUGCUUACCGCAAGCAGUUGCCGUGUUGAAAAGUCGUCAUUGCGCAACGCCGAACUGAACGAGUGCGUUUUGUUCACAGAUUCCCAUGCGCAUCUGAGAGUAGGGGGUGAGCGGUAGGUAUUGCUUUGAAAGGGUGUGUGGGCGUAGGGAGUGUAACUUGUUUGCGGAGGUUGAUAGGAGCGAAUGUAGUGUGGAGGAUUGCGUUCUCGAAUUUUGACAUCUGAGGUCUCAGUGAAGCUACGCUUGUGGAGGUCAACGGGACAAUCUCGAACAGCAGCUUUGGCGUCUUAUCAAGCGGGUUUUUCAAGCGCCUCAUGUGCAAAUGCACCAAGCCUGCAUGUCGGAAUUUAAAUGCCUGCACCAAUUUGAAGUGAGAUUGACAGUAUGUCUGAGAGAGAUGGUUCCAAGUACCAUCAGACCCUGAAUGGAGUGGUGGCGUUGAAUGCAGAAGUUCUACGGACAAGCUGAUUGUUCUAAACAUCCCAAACCUUCAGUCUUCAGAUCCGUAGAGCCUGUUCUCAUACUCAAAGGCAAUAUCUUGACCAGAGUGAAAUUGGACACGCUUUCUGUGUCUGCAAUAUCAUUGCGCGGUAAAUAUGCCUGACUUGGGGGAGUAUGCCCACUUCCGAGACGUCGACACCCAGCUUCUGCAGCGCAGUGGACCUCAAGGAUGGGCUCAAUGCGUAUGCGGAUCUGGCAUCCAGUCGGAGCACACCGGUAGGUGCUAUAAUUGCUACUUCCCUAUAACCCACGACGUGAAACCUGUGGAAAUCCCAGCAUCAUUUUCCGGUGAUCUUUGGAAUUUGGUGGAUUUUUGCCAACCACCUGUACUCUCACGGACAAUUGCCAUGGCUGAGGUUGAUUCGGUCACUAGUCUUUACGAGCAGCCAUUUAAGGUAGAGACCGUACCCAACUCCGAUUCACCGCUAGGAGUUACUUCCUCGCCAUACAUCAAGCCUUUGCCUCAAAGGGGCAGACCUCCUAACGGCUCCAAAACUGGAUCACAAAGAUACAAGGGCGUUCGACAGCGCAAAGGCGUGAGCGGAUACCUCGUGGAGAUUAGGCCCUCCAAGUGGAAGAAAACCAUUUGGCUGGGGACUUAUAACACUGACACUGAAGCAGCCGCAGCAUAUGAUGCAGGGGUCUUCUACACCAACAAGAAGACCAAGUUCAACUUUCCAGAACUUAACGGAACAUUCCCUUCGUUGCCUUCAAAGUUGAGGCUCGAUGUCCCCGGGCAUUCUGAGGAGAUCAAGAUGUUCGUUCAGCGAGAAGCUAAAGCGGCGGCUCGCAAGGUCAUGUCCCUUUUAUCCAAGAGCAACCAGGAGCCGACUGCUGCAGUCGCUGCCCCAGCCGUUGCAUCAAGCAGCAGCACCUCGUCAUCCAGCGUCGAAUCCCUGGUGGAGCUGGAUGCAGCUCUUGCCAUGCCACCUCUAGACUUCUACCUAUCAUUGGAAGAUGGGCUGUUCUGGGGACAGUGCCCAAGCAGCUAUAUCAUCUCAGACUUCAAUAUGUCAAUUUAGCUCAUUCGAGCACGAUGGGAUCCGUUAAGAGUCCUCACAAGAGUACUCCUGUCGAAACGAGCUGGCCUGUCGUGAUGUUUGUACACCUACGUAGUUUUUACGAUUACAGGACUCGGUGCGUGCACCAUUUCGGCAGAUCAUGUGCAAACUAUAUAGCUGACACCGAGUCUAGAGCGGACUAACCUGUUUCUCUGACAUCUUAAAUGAAGUAUCAACGAUGCUGAGGCAAUUGGUCUGCAUUUUGGUUGUACUCCGGACCCCAAACCUGCACAUGCAUGGUUGCUGCUGCGUUCUCGUGGCAUCAUGUCUCGAAACGACGUAGUUUCAUUUUUUUUGAACAUCAAUACUCGUUCUUCACCAACAAAUUUCCGGAGAACUGGACUCGUGAUCCUUCG